AUAGCCGGGUCACUGAAAGAAAGAAAAAUGUCUAAGAAAAGAGGACUUAGUGCAGAAGAGAAGAGGACCAAGAUGUUGGAGAUAUUUCAUAACAGCAAGGACUUCUUUCAGUUGAAGGAGUUAGAAAAAAUAGCACCAAAAGAGAAAGGUAUCACCAUGCAGUCAGUGAAAGAGGUAGUGCAGAGUUUGGUUGAUGACCACUUGGUGGACUCUGAGAAGAUUGGAACUUCCAUUUACUUUUGGUCCUUCCCGAGCAAAGUCAAGAAUGCUAAGAAAAGAAAACUCAAUGACAUGCAGAAUGAACUAGCAGAGUGCACAAAAAAACUGAAAAAGACCGAAGAAGCCAUUGCUAGUGAAUCUGUUGGUCGUGAAGCAACAGAAGAAAGAACAGAAAUAUUAAAAUUAUUAGAAGAAAUGACAAAAAAAGAAGAAGCUUUAAAAAAAGAAUUGCAGAAGUAUAGAGACUCGGAUCCAGAGUAUAUAGCUCAAUUAAAGAAUGAAAUCGAGGAUUUGAAGACUGCAGCAAACAGAUGGACAGAGAACAUUUACAUUUUGAAAUCCUACAUGAAGAAUACAUUUCAGUGUGAAAAUGAAGUCAUUGAUCAAAUGUUCAACAUUCCUCCGGAUUUAGAUUAUAUAGAAUAGUUAUUUAUUCAAUUGAUUCAAUGUUAUUUUCGA